AUGACCACGGUACCACCAGCUCCAUUACCAAUGGCACCUGUGGACGUGACAUCCGACAGCACGCCUACUUGCUUAUCUUGGAAGCAACAACGUCCCAAAAAACAAUACAAACAGAAACAAAAGAAAGAAAAUGGAUCACAGCCACUUGGCAAUAACAAAUCAAAGCGUCGUUGUCACAACCUUAAGCAGCCGUUGACUAAGGACAUGCCGCGUCUGUUGUCCAUGCUACUAAAGGAGCCCAAGGUGGCGUUAUUGCAUCGUGUGGUGAAGAAUGUAGGGCCUAAAUUGUCCUGGCAGCUGCUGCGUGAGACACUGCGGCUGGAGAAAGACGGUGGACAAUCGGUUAAUGCUGAGGCCAGUGGCAAACCCGAGCUUUUUUUUGUGGUAGACGAGGUUUCACACGAGUACAAGCCACGACGUCGUACCUCGGGUGGUGUGUUUUUCACGUUAUUGAAGGAAAAGGUGUCAAAAGAGGUGUAUCGUACAAUCUAUGAGGUAGAGGACAGGAAGAAGAAAGAUGCGAAGAAGCGAGCUCGUAGUCGACAACGCCAGAAGAUGGACAAGACGUUGGCUAAACUGGGCUUUGAUGACUUGACACUUGUGUCGGAAGACAAAGACUUUACAAAGGCAUGUGGCAACAAGAUCGAAGCUCCAGUAGCUUUUAGCGGUGAAGCUGUGGAUGUGAUUGUUGAAGACGGAGAGGUAGCAGAAGACAUGCAGAUCACUUAA